AGACAGUUCCUUCCUGGAGUCAUAUUAAAGACACUGCAGAGCUACAAGCAGUCGCAGCAUGAAGACCUUCAUCUGGAUCAGUGCUGUUGUUAUCUGCAGCAUCAGCUGCAUCUCUGUCUCAGAGGCUCAGUCUCAGACUGUGAAGGUCCAGUCUGGUCAAAGUGUCACACUGUGGUCCCCCACACGGCCUGGUGAUGCUGUGAUAAUCUGGUCCAGACUGAUUAAUGCAAACAAAGCCAGCUGCAUCUGUUCUAUGACCGCAUCUAAUGAAGCUCAUUUCUGUGAUGGAUUUAAUAAGAGAAAGUAUGAAAUGGGAGUCAGCACCAACAAUACUGUGUUUCUCACAAUCAAAACUGUUGAGUUAUCCGACUCUGGACUGUAUUUCUGUCAAUAUUUAAAAAAAAAAAAAAUCACUUACUAUGUGAUACAGUUAAAUGCUGAAGGCAGUGAAAAAACUCAAGACGAUUUGACCACACAGUCUCAACCGACGUAUGAAACAACAUGUGUGAUGAGCCUGAUCCUCAGUGGUUUGACUGUUUUCCUUCUCAUGAUCGUUACUGGUCUGGUUGUUUCACUCAGGAAACUUCAAACAGCUGAGAAUGAGGAACAGAAAACACGUCAGCGAGAGAAUCUAGCCUCUGAUGACCUAAACUACGCAGCAGUGAGUUUCUGUCCAAAAAAAAGACGAAGAGAAGUGGAGUCGAACGCUGUGUAUUCUGCUACUAGAUAGAGUGAAGAAGCAACAAACAGUUUAGAGCAAAGUGAGGACUGAUUUAUAACAAGCUGAAAAUAUAGUCUGACUGACGCUUAUGAGAAUUUAUGGUUAAUUUGUCAUGAAGAAACCUAGUAAUCAUAGUAAAUAAAUAUAGAAAGUGUUUACAACAUUAUUACAUGUGCUAGAGUAGGAAUACAACUAUUUACCAGCAAACAUCCAGUUUUACGUUUGUUGAUCUGUUUCUAAAAUAAAUACUAACAUUUUUCUU